ACCAAAAGAACCCUCCCUUGCUUCGCCCCUCCCUCCCUCUCUCUCUCUCUCUCUCUCUCUCUCUCUCUCUCUCAGCCCUUCUCUUCUCUCCUCUUUGCUGCGGCUUCGACAGGGCUAGGGUUCCAUUGCUACAGCUCUGUGGCUCCCCAAUAGUUGCUGCUUUGCCACUGAUUUACGCGCUAUUGAUGCAUUUUAAUUCAUGAGAGUUGGCUGCGCGGGGAUUCUCGCUGGCGGAUGGCAGAGGGUUGGAGAUUCGCUGUAGAUCACCAGCUAGACAUUGGGCAGAUUUUGCUGGAGGCAAAGAAUCGCUGGCUUCGUCCAAGUGAGAUUUGUGAGAUCCUUCGUAACUACAAGAAUUUCACUUUGACUCCGGAUCCACCAUAUAAACCUUCUAGUGGUUCUUUAUUCCUAUUUGACCGUAAAGUACUGAGAUAUUUCCGUAAAGAUGGUCAUAGUUGGAGAAAGAAGAAAGAUGGAAAAACUGUUCGAGAAGCUCAUGAGAAACUUAAGUGUGGCAGUAUUGAUGUUCUACAUUGCUACUAUGCCCAUGGAGAGGACAAUGAAAAUUUUCAGAGGCGAAGUUACUGGAUGCUUGACGGGCAUUUGGAGCAUAUUGUUCUUGUGCACUACAGAGAUGUGAAUGAGGGAAGCAGUUCUAGCAUGCCCCAUUUGUUGAAUUCAAACAUGCACAAUGCUCAGCAUAGUUCAGCUCAUACCUUAUCAUCUGAAUUGGAGGGAGCAGAUUCUGGGGAUGACUAUAGUGGAUUGAGCAAGCCGUUGACUAGUUUGUACUCAAGGCAGGGGCACUCUCAGAAUUCGACACUGCAUGAAGAUCAUUAUAAGAUUAGGGGAACUUCACAAUCAGCAGGUUUUUGUGGUGGAACUGACUGUGUCACAACCUCAACCGCAUGGCGUGAAACCCCAGGAAAGUAUGACAACUUGCAAGAUCAGAAAAUUUCGCUUGAACAACCAAAUUGUACUAAUAGUAUAGCUAUGGCCAUGACAGACUCUGUGUUGGGCUUUAAUACAAGCACAAAUGGCAUAUUUUUGAAUGAUACCCUUUUACAGGGACCCACGGGAUCUAGCAUGACAAGGGCUCAGGUCAAACCGAGUUGUUCUGCGAAUGCUAAUAGCCCUGUUAGUCAUAACAGCACAGUAGGCACUGCAUCUGUUAUGCAUUGCGUGCCUGAUGAGCAUCAUUUCCCAGUAGCUCCUCAAUUUAAAAGUGAUAGAGAUUGCCAAGCGGACUUUGCUGCUGCUGACCAGCCUUUGGAAUUCCUAAAAGAAGCUUCCUAUUCAAAACAAAAUACUGCAAAAGGCAAUAUUGGUAAUGGGGAAUUUGGGGAGCUAAAGAAAUUGGACAGUUUUGGAAGAUGGAUGAACAAUGAAAUUGGCAGGGAUUGCGACAACUCGCUGAUGGCUUCAGAUUCUGGUAGUUAUUGGAAUACAAUUGAUACUCAAAAUGAUGACAAAGAGGUUACCAGUCUAUCCGUGCAUAUGCAGUUGGAUACGGAAUCACUGGGUCCUUCAAUAUCCCAGGAACAGUUAUUCAGUAUUCUUGACUUCUCACCAGACUGGGCCUAUUCUGAUGUUGAAACAAAGGUUCUGAUAUCAGGGACAUUUCUUGGUGGCAUAAAUCCCAACAGCAUCAAAUGGUGUUGCAUGUUUGGUGAAUAUGAGGUUUCAGCUGAAGUUUUGACAGAAAAUGUUCUUCGGUGCCGAGCCCCUCCACAUACCCCUGGACGGGUUCCAUUCUAUAUCACCCGCAGCAAUAGGUUAGCUUGUAGUGAGGUCCGAGAGUUUGAGUAUCGUGAAGGUCUCUCCAAUGGAAAAUCAUUAUCUAGGAAAAGAGAAUCAGGAGAUGAAAUACAUUUGCAUAUAUGUUUCGCAAAGAUGUUGACUCUAGGAGUGGUAGCUUGCUCUCUUGAGGGUUGCCAUAAUUGUGCCAGGAUCAGUGAUUUAAUUUUAAGUUCCAGUAGGGAGAAUAAUGGAUGGGGUGAGAUUGAACUGCAGUCAAAGGCUUUUCAAAGAUGCCAGGGGGAUCUUAGAGAUGCAUUGAUUCAGAAAUUGCUGGAAGGUAAAUUGGUUGAGUGGCUAGCCUGCAGAGCACAUGAGGAAAGCAAAGGGCCUAAUGUGUUAGAUGAGGAUGGAAUGGGAGUUAUUCAUUAUGCAUCUGCUCUUGGAUAUGAGUGGGCUAUUAACCUCAUAGUAGGUGCUGGCGUCAAUCCAAAUUUUAGAGAUGCUCGGGGCAGGACUGGGCUUCAUUGGGCUGCAUUCUAUGGCAGAGAAGAGGCAGUUGUCACGCUUCUCAAAUUGGGUGCUGCUCCUGGUUUAGUUGAGGACCCUUCCUCAGCUUAUCCUGAAGGUCGAACUGCUGCUGAUUUAGCAUCAAGCAGGGGACACAAAGGAAUUGGUGGGUAUUUGGCUGAAGCAGAUUUGACGAGUCACCUCUCUACAAUUACUCUUGAAGAAAGUAUCAUCGAUAAUGUUGCUGCGAAUCUUGCUGCUGAAAGGGCCAUUGAGAAAGUAAGUGCACAAAGCUUAGUUCCUCUAGACGGAGAAGAAGAGCUGGUGCCAUUACGUGGUUCUCUUGCUGCUGUGAGGAAUUCAGCUCAAGCAGCUGCACGAAUUCAAGCUGCUUUUAGAAUGCACUCAUUCCGCCAGAGGGAGCUAAUUAAAAGUAGAGAAAAUCCUGAAAUACCAAGUGAAGUAUUGAUUGCUUCCUCUCUGUGCAAAGUUCUUAAAAUAGAUCACUUCAAUGAUUCUUUACAUGCUGCGGCUGCUGUAAAAAUCCAACAAAAAUUUCGGGGAUGGAAGGGAAGAAAAGAUUUCUUAAAGAUUCGGAACCGAAUUGUGAAAAUUCAGGCUCAUGUAAGGGGACAUCAAGUUCGCAGACAGUAUAGAAAGGUCGUCUGGUCUGUCAGUAUAGUUGAAAAAGCCAUAUUACGGUGGAGGCGCAAGGGAUCUGGAUUACGAGGCUAUCGUGCUGAUAAACCAGCCGCACCAGUUGCAGCAGAUAUCGGGCCAACCGAUGACUACGAAUACCUUCGCCUCGGUCGAAAACUGAAAGUUGCCGGAGUAGAAAAAGCUUUAGCAAGAGUUCAGUCCAUGGUUCGUCAUCCAGAAGGCCGUGAUCAGUACAUGAGACUACUGGCAAGUUCUUGUGGACCAAAGUUUGGAGAUGGUCAAAGCUCAUCUGCUCAAGUUCAAUGUGCUGAAGAGAAAAGGGUGGCUGAAGAUUUACUUAAAACUAUGACUGAUUGACUGAAAACCUAACUAUUUCCCAAACCUAAGUUUGUGAAAUCUUGACUGCUUUGAUCAGAUUGCUGAAUGCGCAUUGAUACUUCAACAAUUGUUUUUAGCUGCUCAUUUGUUUGUAAUUGUACUAAUUCCCAUGGGCAUAAAUUGCAAUGGCUUUUUUUGUUUUUGUAAAUUUUAAGAAACAGAAGGAAAGUAACAUACAUGUAAAUUAUAUAUUUAAUUGUUUUCAAUCC